GGGAGCAGUAACAGGAAAUACUGAAACUCUUCCCCGCUUUCUAUGUCAUGACUCUUUACGUAGAGUCAUUAUGUUUCGAUAAAAAUAAUAACACACCCUCUCUCUUUUUAGCGCAUGUAUGAGUCAGCAAAACGCUCGCUUCGUGCUGGAGCUUCAGUGGAAGAGAGAGUUGCUGUAAACAUCAGCAUCAUGUGUGAAAGAUGAUCCAGGGCUGGAGGACGAGAUGGCAUUAGCAUUUCUGCCAGCACUGGCUCGUAUGGCCGUAUGCGGCGGCACCCAUGGGAACGAGCUGUCCGGUGUGUAUGUGGUGCAGGAGAUGGAGCGACAGCAGAAAGAGAAAGGCGAGGGUGCGUGGCCGAUUCCUGUUACAACUGUGCUGUCAAACCCAAGGGCUGUGAAAGAGUGCAGAAGAUACAUUGACACGGAUAUGAACCGCUGCUUCAACAGAGCCACACUGAGUUCUCCUAUUACAGAGAGCAGCCCGUAUGAAGUCCGGCGUGCACAAGAACUGAACAAUCUGCUGGGGCCGAAAGGAUCCACCGAUGCAACAGACAUGAUCUGUGACCUUCAUAACACUACGUCUAACAUGGGUCUCACACUCAUCCAUUACACAUCCAGUGACUGGGUGUCCCUGCACAUCUGCAGAUACUUACAGACUAAGAUAACCAAAGUGCCUGUGAGAGUGCUGGUACUGGAUUUCCCUAUUAAUGACGCAUAUAACUUGGAGUCGGUAUCCAAGCAUGGCUUUACGCUAGAGAUCGGGCCGCAGCCGCAUGGAGUUGUCAGAGCUGACAUCUAUAUCAUUAUGAAAGAGGCUGUCGACUUGACAAUAGACUGGAUCCACAAAUUCAACUCAGGAACAGUGUUUGAAGGCGGGGAUGUAGAAGCCUUUAAGUUUAUCAAAAGUGUUGAUUAUCCCAGAGAUCCAGAGGCUCGGACUCUCACUGCUUCCAUUCAUCCUCAGCUGCAGGACAGAGACUUCUGUCUCCUCAAGCAGGGAGAUCCUUUGUUUUUUACAUUUUCUGGGAAAACCGUGAAGUAUGAAGAAGAAGAGACACUUCAUCCUUUCUUUAUCAAUGAGGCUGCCUAUUAUGAAAAAGGAAUCGCUUUUCACUUGGCAAAAAAGUUGACAUUGACAAUUCCAGCGGUGCAAGUGCAGAAAGACUGAAGGAUGGGAGAGGAAAGGAUAUUAAACUCAGCAUGAUUGCCAAAUUUAACAUCAGUCAGAUGAUUUUACAAGACAGAAUGCCACUUAAAUGAUUUUAACAAAUUUUCAAUCACUUAUAACUCAGGUAGACAUCAUGUACAUAUUUGUAGCUAUAUGUAAAUGAAAAGCAAAUUUAAUUGUCAAAAAUCCAUGCAUUCAGUCACAUAUUACACAUUUUUUAAAAAUGUAAUAGAAAAUUUGGUCCAAAGUUUCUUAUGCAUGUAAGGCUGUAACUAACUUCUGCUGUUUAGGCAUUUACAAAAUUGUAAAUGUCAUGUUAUAAAUUUUUCAUUUUGAUGGUCCUUUGCAGUUUAUGGCAAUAAUAAAUAUUAUUGCUUCUUUUUAAAGACAUUUUGUUUCUUUGGGUCUUGAAGCAAAACCAGUUCAAAAGUGAUGGUGUGAAAACAUGUCUGGCCAUCCGAGCCUUACAUCACAGAGACGCGAAACUUGGUGGAAUGGUUCAUUAUAACACUCAGGCAAGCAAACACACAUCUUGUGGACACUAGGUGAUGCUAUAAUAAGGUUUGAAACAAUUAUUUUUUUAUCCCUGAAUUCAUUUUCCUGCACAGCAGCUAGGACCUGUGCUGGUAAAAAGUUGCCAAAAGAAUUUUGAUUUGUUGUGUGUGUGUGUUUGUAUGUAUAUUUUAUAUAUAUAUAUAUAUAUAUAUAUAUAUAAGUCAGUGGUUCUCAAACUUUUUACACCAAGUACCACCUCAGAAAAUAUUUGGCUCUCCAAGUACCACCAUAAUGACCAACAUUAAAAUACAGUAGCGUAGUAGGCCUAAUUAUUCAGCUACAGCUAUGCACAGUUCAAAAACGAGGAAGUUUUAUUCCUAAUAAGAAUAUUUAUUAUUGUCAGCCACUUUAAACAUUGUAAAUACAGUUUGAACAUUAACACUGCACUGUGCUUACAUACAAGUACAUAAAAAACUUAAAUGAUUAAAUAAAAACUGUACUGUCCUUAAAAAGUAAAAAAAAAAACAAAAAAAAACCUUACUGUACUUAAAUGUAAAGUAAAAAAUGUACAGUACUUGAUCAAAAAAAUUAACACGGGCAUCAUUUAGCCACCUUGCAAACUAGGUACCACACUUUGAGAAUCAGUGAUAUAAGCAAUAUAAUUGUGUGUUUGUAUUUGUGUAUAUAAGCAAAUUAUAAGCAACGUCUGGUGACGUUGGUUCUCACAAAUUAACAUACAUUUCCUGAAUUCAGCGUCCAAAUGUAACACAACUUGAUACAUGAACUACAGAACAUACUGAGGACACACGGCAAGUCAUUUAAGAAUUAAUAGGGGGCAUUACAACUGAAAAUCCUUAAUAACAUUGCAACCGUAUGAUCGUAUUUGGUGGAUGUCCUAUUAUAUUAGGUGUGUUCGACUUUGUCAUCAAAGGAACACAAGAGUGAUUCGAAAGCAUGCAGAACUGUCUUCUCUCUAUAGCCCUUGUGGUACUUUGAUGUCAUAUAACGAUCGGUCUGCAAAGUGCUGCUACAAAGUGCUACAAACCAAAGUGCUACAAACCUAUUCUGUAUUAUGACUCAGAAACAUUAAAAAAACGUGUCUGCCAGCAGCCAAUCAAAUUUGAGCCCCUAAUAAUGUCAAAUCUGAAUCAAAGACAUAUGUACUGCUGUUGCUCUGAAGAGCCAUGUGAGCCACAUGUAUUACUAUGUGUGCCUGUGCUACCUUGCCGACCGGCUUAACGCUAGUGGCCUAUGGCUACAUGUGCCUUGGCUACCUUGCUGACCAGCUUAACAGUAGUGGCCUAUGACUGUGUGCCUGGGCUACCACACCGACUGGCUUAACGCUAGUGUCCUAUGACUAUGUGUGCCUGGGCUACCACACCGACCGGCUUAACAGUAGUGGCCUAUGGCUAUAUGUGCAUAUGUGCCUGGGCUACCACACCGACCGGCUUAACUAUAAUUAGACGCUCACUAUGUGUAAUAUUAAUUAACAAAUGGAUAUACGUUCGAUAGAUAAGACCCCAGCACCCACCUGAGCAAAAUAUCACAAUUUAAGUCAUUUGAUAACUGUCAUUUAUAUGACUUUAUUAUUUGUAUAGUAACAUGUACUGUAAAAAAAGAUGGACGACGCACCUUCACUCUCUUGCAUUGGAGAAAAGUGAAGCUGCCAAUGUUCCAAUAGGGUGCGGCCAUAUUGUUCUGAUUUGGGACCACAGUCUGCGCAGUAGUGAACUUGGGACCCGAGUCUGCACAGUACCAAGCGAAGUGGAGCCGUGUCCCACACAUACUCCCGCAGAGUCUAUCGCAAGCACAUGCCCCUGAAGCUUUUUUAAUUAGCCUGACUGCUCAAAUUUUUGUCUGCUAAUUGCCAUACAGAAGGUUUGUGUUAAAAUAAGGUAAAUACAACUUCAAUCUCCUCCUGAAGAUCCCGAAAAUUUCCGUUGGCAUCUCAGUUCGCUCAGAGAAGCUGUCAGUCUCAACUGUCAAUCAUAACGUCACACUCCCAUUUUUAUAGCAUCACACAACUACCUAAAAAAUGAACACUUGAACUUACAUCGAUGUGAUAAAAACUAAAUAAAAUGACAAAAACCAUCUUUGGAAAAAAAAAUAUUUAAGGGGAAAUUUAAUUAUUUAUUUUGUCUCAUGUCCCAUUUGAUUACAUGGAGAGGGCGGGGUUUAUGACCUAUACUGGGACUAGCCACCUGGGGGCGAUCAAAACAUUUUGGCUUCACUUUUCAAGACUUGAAGCACACUUGUAUAGUAAGCUAUUAGAAGCGAUAAAACACGUGCUUCUGGUGCUGUGUGCAGGUAAAUCAACCGCACAUUCAGCAAAGCUAAUGAAAAUAUUGACCGUAGAAAUAACAAAUGUAAACAUUGAGAUUACGCCGCUAAAUAUGGCAAGCCCCGGUUGAUAUGCAUUCAAAAAAGAAUGCUUAUUUCAUUUAAACCAGUUCUCACGCCCGUUACUGUCGCGUAUCCUCAGAGCGAUGACAUGCUCUAGACUGCGUGUUGCUCCAGCUGUAUAAACGCAGAUCCAUAAAAGCUACUGCUAAUAUGCUUAAUAUUUCACUCCUGCAUACGAAUGCAAGACUGCUUACAUGACACUUAGUUUAAAACUUGUUAUGGGUGAUAUGGAAUAAAAGAGCAUUCACUUAUCUUAGCUGCUGAUUUCAGAUGCUUUCUGAAGGGCACUGCACUGCUAAAGCAAGCUCUAGCCAAGUAUUUGAAUGUUGAACAGCAAGCUCAUUGGCUAUUGAUAAAAAAACAACCAAUCAGCUGUGAUAAUGAAGUCAUUGGACUCGUUUACACUGUCGGUUAAAUGUGACCCAAUUCAGAUUUUUUGCUCACAUGUGACACAGAUCGGAUGUGUUCUAUGACCAUGUAAACAGGAAAAAUCCACAUGCAUUCAGAUAUUUUGAGAUCGGUUUCAUUCAUAUCUGUGGAAAUAAAUCAGAUAUAUGCCAAUGUGACUGUCAUAUAAACAGGCAGAUCCAGUUUUCUUAGGCAUUGUGUUCUGUAAGUCAUUAAAACUGGGACAAUUUGGUACUUCUCCAUGGUUUAAUGACAUCAUAUUAUUUAAGCACGUGUGGAGGCGGUAAACAACGCAGGAGAACUUCGCAUAUAUCGCAGAGCUAGCAUCAAGCAUAUUUUGCGUUCGUCCAUCUUGGCUAGUGUGUGGUGCAAGAACCCCCUUUAAGCAUGCUUGAUGUUUCAGAUCAUGGUAUUGCAAGUGUAAACACGUGAAUCAGAUAUGGGUCACAAUAACGGAUGGUCAAAAAAAAAAUCAGAAUCAGGAUUGGGCAUCAAGACCUGCAGUGUAAACAAGGCCAUUAUGUCAGAUUGAGUUUGACUUUGCCAUCUAGAGUUUCAUGCCAAAACUUUAGAUAUAAAUAGCCUAUGUUUAGUGCACUUAACUUAGCGAUUGCUAUAAGCAUGUGAAAAGACUUUCAACCAGCAUAACAGAAAAUGUUUUUGAACCAUAUCACCUACCCUGCCUUUAAAAUGUAUCCACCAUUCUAAUUUUCUGUUCAAAAUCAUUCAAUGCGGUUGGUCCGAUUUGUAUGAAAUUUUGUGCAUAUCAAAUAUAUGCUCAUGGCAAAAAGAAUCAUUUAAUCAUGUAGCUAAUGUGUCUUUGGGUGUGGCCCAUAAUGACUGAUUGACUUACAGCGGGUAAAAUAAGUAUUGAACACCUCAC